CUAUUAUCCUACACCAUGUUUCUGAACGGAAGUUAAUCUAGUUGGACUGUGUAACACACACGCCGCCUGCUGCUGCCUUGCCUUCUUGAUGAAGUUGGUGCAAAACUAACAGGAGACAUGCCCAGGAAAAGGGGAUCACCACCAACGUCCGCAGAAUGCGAGGACACAGCUUCUGCUAAAUAUAGAAAACUGAAGGCUGAUAUAUCUUCUUCCCCAUUAAAUUUCGACACCCCAUUAAGUUUAUUUAAAAGUCUGAUUUCUCCAAUUGGCAUAGAUGAAUUCUUUCAGGAAUAUUGGGAAAAGAAGCCCUUGUUAUUGCAAAGAUCUGACCCAAGUUUAGCCAGCUAUUACCAGUCCCUCUUCCAGUUGUCAGACCUGAAGGAACUGUGUGGUCAGAAGCUUGAGUAUGCAAGGGAUGUCAACGUCUGCCGAUGUGUGAAUGGCAAGAAAAAAGUAAUGAAUAAAGAAGGACGUGUUAACUACACUACUCUGAAAAAAGACUUUGACCAGAAGAAAGCCACCAUACAGUUUCACCAGCCUCAAAGAUUUAAGGAUGAGCUCUGGCGUAUUCAGGAGCGCCUGGAGAGUUUCUUCGGGGCCCUUGUGGGAUCGAACGUGUACAUCACACCAAAAGCUUCUCAGGGGCUGCCUCCACAUUAUGACGACGUUGAGGUAUUCAUUCUGCAGCUAGAGGGAGAGAAACACUGGAGGUUGUACAGUCCCACUGUCCCACUGGCUCGUGAGUACGGCCUGGAACCAGAGGACAGAAUAGGCAACCCAACACAUGACAUUAUCCUGAAGGCAGGAGAUCUGUUAUACUUUCCCAGAGGUACCAUACACCAAGCAAAUACUCCUGCCGAGGUGGAUCACUCCACGCACAUAACUCUCAGUACUUACCAGAACAUGUCUUGGGGAGACUACCUGCUGGACAUAUUUCCAGGUUUUCUCUUUGACUCGAUGAAAAGAGAUAUCGAUAUGAGAGCUGGAAUGCCCAGACGGCUACUUACGAAUGUUAGCGUAGGCCCAGAGGUCUGUACACAGCUCUCUACGUUCCUGAGAUGUUUGGCAGAUAGAAUGGACUCGGGUGAACAGGAGCUACGCUCUACAGACAUGGAGAGAGACUUUGUGUCCAACAGGCUUCCACCUUUUGUGCAUGACAACACAAACAUCGUGCCAACUGGAAAGAUGCCAACGCUUGAGGACUGUGUGUGCAUGAGAUUUAAAGACCACGUCGUCGUAACAGUGCAGCCAAGUCCGGAUAGAACAGAUGAGGCGACAGAGAUGGAAGUGUUUGUGGUGCAUUCGCUAAGGAAUAACAGAAAGAUUCACAUGAUGGGAGAACCACAAGAUGAUGAUGAUGAUGAUGAUGAGGAGGAGGAGGAAGAAGAAGAUGAGGAGGAGGAGAAAGAGGAGGAAUGUCCAACUCAGGUCCAGGGCGUGCGCUUCCCUCUCUCUCAUCGUCCUGCCCUCAGGCAGCUCCAGAGUGCAGAGCGCCUCCUGGUGGCCGAGCUGCAGCUGGAGCCAGACUCUGCGCGGCUGGGCCUAGUGCUGGGACUCUGGACCGAGGGGCUGCUGGAGGUCUGCUCCCCCACUGAACAGUAGGAAAGGACCCAGGAAUCAGGCUGCUGAAGUCACCUCACACUUACCUUGUAUCCUCUCGUAGAGGAAAUUAUUGUUAAUAUAAAUUUCAACAACACCAAAUAAAAGUAUG